CGCCGAUUCUGGUAACUGAAAUCCUAGCCUAACUCUUAAGCUUGUUUCUCUUUCAUUCUCGCUGCUUGCGCGAUAUAUAUCAUGGCUCCGAAAGUUGCAGUCAAGGCCCCUGCCAAGGCAACCAUGGCCAAAAAAGCCCAUCUUCGUGGCAAAGGCCAGAAAAAAAAGGUGUCUCUUAAAUUCACCAUUGAUUGUACUCAUCCAGUUGAAGAUAACAUCAUGGAUGUAGCCAAUUUUGAAAAAUAUCUUCAAGAAAGAAUCAAGGUCAAUGGCAAAACUGGCAACUUUGGCAACAACGUAACAAUGGAGCGCAACAAGAACAAGCUCUCAGUCAACAGUGAUGUUGAUUUUUCAAAAAGAUACCUCAAGUAUUUAACUAAAAAAUACUUGAAAAAAAAUAAAUUGCGUGAUUGGCUCCGUGUUGUCUCCAAAGACAAAGAUACAUAUGAAUUACGUUACUUCCAAAUUACAAGCCAAGAUGACGAAGAAGAUGAUGCUGAAUAAUUCUUUUGUUAUGUAAUUAUCAUCUGUUGUCAGGAAUAAAAAAUAUAUAAAAUGAUUUUCAUUUCAAGUA